CAAUCAUACUGAUGUUGUUGUACACUCAUGGUAGAGUACUGCAUGUAUGUAUGUACAUACGCGUGUGUGAGUGUACAUAUAGAUGACGCAACUUAGGGCAGGUCAUUGCUCGUUGGUUGUUUGGGGUGGGGGAAUUUGGGCCGGCAACAAGAACCAAAUGCGCCUCAGAGAGCAUGCUCAGAAAUACAUAUAAUGGCACAAACUCGCCAAACACAAUCAGUUGCGAGCUAACCAUCUUUGGAAUCAGUAACCCCUCCCAAUUGAAUACAACAAUUGGAUCAAAAAUGAAGUCUUUCAUUGCCCUGGCUGUUCUUUUGCCCUUGGUGGCAUCCGCCCCCAACACCGGAUCGUAUGCUUCCUUCACACAACAUGGCCAAUCGUUUGGUUAUAACUCCAAUGGAGGCUCGCUCUCCUAUGCUCACAAGCCAACUUCAUCACCUUACCAACCUCAAGAAUCCACCUACCAACCUCAUCCCUACCAUGCUGAGCCUUCUUAUAAACCAGAGCCCUACCACACUGAACCCGCCUAUAAGCCUGAAUCCUACCACCCUGAGCCCACCUACAAGCCUGUCUGUACCCCUGCCUUCAAGACUGAAUGUGAGGAUGUUGAGCUACCCAUCAAGAAGAUCACCGAUGGUGAAUACUGCUACGAUGUGGCCCGAACUGUAUGCACCGAGUCCAUUGAACAGGUCGACAAUGAGGUGUGCUCCUACACCUAUGAGAAGAAAUACGAGGACACCACCGCUCAAACCGUCGAAGUGACCUUCAAGAAGGAGUCCAGUGUUCAGAUGGUGACCGUGUGCCAACCCGGAUAUGGUCAUGGAUACCAGGCUUAUGGUCAACAAUACUGCAAGGAGGUGGCUCAAGAAACCCAAUACAAUGUGCCUAUGGUUGCUCCUUUGGAUGUGGACGUCCGUGUUGGAUACCCCGAGCCUGUCAAGGCCUGUGUGAACAAGCCCAUUGCUCUGCCCCAGAUCUCUUGUGAGGUUAUCACCGAGAACAAGUGCGUGGUCCAACCUCAAAUUGAAGAGGCCACCGAGACCGUUCAGAAGUGUGUCACUUCAUUGGGCGAGCCCGCUUGUCAAAAGGUCGAGCUGACCCUUCCCAAGCAGCGAUGCGUUGAGCUUGUCUAUGGUUAUGCCGAGGACGCUCACAAGCAGGAAGAGUAUGCUCAAUAAGUGGCAUACUUUGAGCAUUGAGUUGCUAUGUAUGUAGGUCAGUUUCGACCUCUGCAAUUGUUAAACAUAUUUAUUUCUGCCAUUUGAACGUUUGUUAUGUAUUCUAUUUGUCUCCUUGAAAAGCCACCGAUAUGCAACAUUUCAUGUCCAGUCCUAUCAAUGCCAAACAAGUUUCCAUCAAGAUCAAAGAACUUUAAAUAAAGCCGACUGAUCCGAUUUUAAAAAGUGGUUGUCAAACUGACUUACUUUCUUGACUCCUUGUUUUCCACAUUUGAAAAAUUGUAUCAAUCGCUAACGGCAGACAGAUGGGUUUCAAUUGUACCCAACA